AAAUUUCUCAGUCGGUGGCUAUGGCUCCAGCACAGAAAUUAUACAACGUCGUGUUUGUAUUAGGACCACCAGGCUCAGGAAAAGGAACUCAGUGUGUAAAAAUCCAUGAAAAUCUUGGCUUUAUGCACUUGUCAGCAGGAGACCUACUACGAGCCGAACGACAACGUCAGGGCUCCGAAUUUGAAAUUUCUCAGUCGGUGGCUAUGGCUCCAGCACAAAAAUUAUACAACGUCGUAUUUGUAUUAGGACCACCAGGCUCAGGAAAAGGAACUCAGUGUGUAAAAAUCCAUGAAAAUCUUGGCUUUAUGCACUUGUCAGCAGGAGACCUACUACGGGCUGAAAGACAACGUCAGGGCUCCGAAUUUGGUCAACUGAUUGAGAAUCACAUAAAGAAUGGAACAAUUGUACCCGUGGAAAUCACGUGCAAGCUGCUGGAAAAUGCUAUGGAUGCUGCAGGUGAUGCUAGAGGAUUUCUAAUCGAUGGUUUUCCUCGUAACCAGGACAAUUUAGAAGGCUGGGAACGGCAAAUGAAAGGGAAGGUCGACGUCAAAUUCGUCCUAUUCCUGUCUUGCCCAGUAGAUGUUUGUAUAUCCAGGUGUCUUCAUAGAGGACAAGGUCGCACAGAUGAUAAUGAAGAAUCAUUGCGGAAGCGAGUUGAAACUUAUAACAAUCAAACACUUCCUAUAAUUCAACAUUACGAAAAACUUGGACUUGUCAAGGAAGUGCCGAGCGACAAAUCUCCCGAAGAGGUAUACCUGGAGGUAGAAAAAGUGUUCAAAAAUGCUGGUGUAUGA